GUGGCCUCUUCUUAUCUUCCCGGACCUGUGAUUUAUGCUGUUUUGUAGAGCUUGGGACACGGGCUGAGCAGGCGCAGGAAGGAGAGAGACGUUCGUCUGCCGAGCUGUGGCUACUCACUACAGCUAUGAUUUAUGCUGUUUUUAGGGCAUGGGACACGGGCUGAGCAGACGCAGGAAGGAGAGAGACGUUCGUCUGCCGAGCUGUGGCCUCUGCUUUUCUCCCUCUCAGUUGUCUUUUCUCAACUACCACUUUUCUGAUCAGCUGGCCAACCUUGCAGGAGACCUGAAGUGUGAACCAUCUGUCAACACUGGAGCACUUGUCGAGCGGCUCAUCCAGAGAUUACUGUGUGGAGUUGGAACUUUGGAUCCUCGGUUUAGCUCCAAGUUCCUUAUCAAUCUAGAUCCAACAAAGGCUUCUUCCAAGGCUGGCACCCAAAGCCUCAGCUACCUUGUGCGUCUGGACUCUCUCAGCUGGCCACUACUCUAUCCAGACCACCAGGAACAGCCUACGUGUCAUAUCACGCACAGCGAGGGAGGGCCACAGGGCUUUGCCAAGGUACGGCUCACUGGCUGUCGCGUAGAGGACUGGGCUGAGUUCAUCAACAACCAUGGGUUCCUUCGCAGAGAUAAGCUGCAGGAGAGGUUCGUAGAGUUACUCGCUCAGUCAGCAGCCCGUAACUCAAUCCCAGGCACCCCUGACCAAAUAGACGAGUCUCGGAUGUGUGGCUGCCCAGGCAAGGUUGUGGACCCUGGAGUGGCAUUCCAUCUCACCGAAACACCACCCCAGGAACAGUUCUACUUCGGAGCAGCUGAAUGCCACAGACAUAGUUUCCCUGACCCACGAGAAUUCAGGCUGGCCAUUGUUGAGGGCACCCCCUGUGUCAGGCUCAGGGUUGGACUGCCUCUAUGUAUUUCAGGAUCAGAAGAAGACAUUCAGGUAACGCUAACACUAGGCAUUGGGUUCACAGGAUGGCCUCACAGUUGUGACUUCCCGAGCCGAAUUUCUCUCUCUCACGUUGACAUCUUGCUUUACCAACAGGUAGCCACCAUGGGAUUCUAUCUGGUACCGGCUCCUCCGCACCCUACCACUCGAUGUGAUGAUCGCUCCGCCACCUGGCAGUUCAGGUUUCCAGCGACAGAGUGCGCCCUACUCUCACAUUACGCUGCACACAGUACACCAGCUCGUGUUUUGGCAGCACUGCGCAAUAUACUGGCAGACAUGAGACGGACAACUAAUGGAGGUCAAGUGGUUAGUGACUACAUGCUGAAGACAUUUCUCUGGUUCCGGUUGGAAGAGGACCACGAAUCUCUUAUAGCCACUUUGCGAGACUGGGAUCAUGACAAGCUGUCAACACAUGUUUUGGUUAUCCUGGACCAGCUAGUGACAGGUUUGAGGACUCAGCGUCACCGUUCCUACUGGUUCCCGUGGUUUAACGUGAUGUUGAGCGCUCCUGGUGGCGGUACCCUGCACUACACAGAGGAGGACUACUGCCAUGAUGCUGAACUGCUGGUCUCACUGCUGUGUCGUCUCCAUGAGUUCUCUCUGCAGCCUCUGCCCCCCUCACUGCCUCCCCUGGAAGCCUGGCAGCAGCUGGACUCUCGGCUCGUGGGCAAGUGGCAGGACGUGCUCAUGGCUCUGGCACCCCCAACUACUACCAGGUCUAGAAGAUUGGGGUUUGCCCCUGGGAGUGGCUACAGCAGCGGGGCAGCCUCGCAGUACUCUGCCCGCCAGCUGGAGUACGUGAGACUCAUCCUGAGAGGCAUGCUCACUGUACGAGCUCUCACUCUGUACCAGGGUCAACAUUUCCCUAGUCUUUUUCACCAGAACAACGACCUCCCCUCAGCGAAACACAGUACAAAACGAAUCCUCUGA